UCUGUGCACUUUUGGCUUUGGCGUUUUGCAGAAUUAUACAUAUAUCCGGUUACUACUGAGAUAGGUUAAACUAAAACAUCUAUAUCGUAUAUAUUAUUUAUAUUUUCCUUGCUUUGCACUACAAUCCGACGUCUUUUUCAGUGUUUACUACUUCGCUAUGUCGUUUAACUGCGUGAAUUCCCAUAAUUCCGACAGCACUUGAAGGCGGCAGCAGGAGCUCAUCUGUUGGACAGGGAAACUAAUCAGGAGCCAAGUAAAGACUUUUCAGUAGUGCUAGCUACUGAGCUAGCAAGAUUUUAAAGUCAGCCGUCCAGACGACUAAGGACAACAGACGUUGUUUAUGAAGUACAGUGUCUCUUCUGUAUAGUACACAACAGUCGAGCUAUGUUUUAGAGACACCGUUUUGUUGCGCUGAAAGUAGCAAGGCGGACAGCCUCUGGCCAGCUGAAGCUUGCGGCUAGCUCAUUAACGUUAGCUGGGAAAGAAGUGCAAGUGGAGGCAAGAAAAUGGAGCUGGACGACGUAGUCCUGUAUCAGGACGACUCCGGCAACUCUGCCAUGAUGUCCGAGCGGGUCUCAGGUCUGGCCAGUUCGAUAUACCGCGAGUUUGAGCGGCUCAUCGAAAGAUACGACGAGGACGUAGUGAAAGAGCUGAUGCCGCUGGUCGUCGCCGUGCUGGAGAACUUGGACUCGGUGUUCGCUGUCAACCAGGAGCACGAAGUGGAGCUGGAGCUGCUGAAGGAGGACAACGAGCAACUCGUCACCCAGUAUGAACGAGAGAAGUCACUGAGGAAAAACACAGAGGAGAAAUACAUCGCCUUAGAAGACUCCCAGGAGGGCGAGAAGAAGGAACUCCAGUGUCGGGUGGUGAUGCUGGAGUCAAACACGCGUCAGCUAGAGCUAAAAACAAAAAACUAUGCAGAUCACAUUAGCAGAUUGGAGGAGAGAGAAGCAGAGCUCAAGAAGGAGUAUAACACCCUUCACCAGAGACACACAGAGAUGAUCCACAGCUACAUGGAGCACCUGGAGCGAACUAAACACCAACAUGCAGUCGCAACAGCAGAGCCCUCAGAUGCAGGCACAGCACCCAGAACACGAAAGGAGCGUCCCAUCUCCAUGGGCAUAUUCCAGCUUCCUGGGACUGAUGGUAUGACCCCUGAACUCCAGAGGGAACCCGUGGACACCCCCUCUGAGCCAUGGAGAUUCAACAACCUUAGCCAUCCACGAUCCAACACCAGCCUCAAGUUUGAGGAACAGUUCUCCCCAGUCAGAGUGGAAGGUGAAAGUUCGCAGGAGAAUUUACCCAAUCAGGAGGCUGAUGAGGACCAGGAUGAAUUGGCUGGUUCGAACCGCGGAGGCUCCAAGUCCAGUGCUCAAACCAAUCAGGGAAGUGUCUCCAAAAGUGGAACUUCUUCGUCCUUACAAAGCGGAGGUUCCAAAUCCAACACCCUCAUGUCCUCUCAGGGUGGCACCUCUAAAUCAAACACCCCCACAUCUACAUACAGCGCUAACUCUCAGUCCACCACACCAUUAUCUCCUCAUGAUGGAGCAUCCACUGGAAUGAGUCCUGUGUCCAGUCUAGGUGGAGGGUCUGCAACACCCCUGUCUACUGCUGCUUCUGAUGUUGCCUUGGAGUCUGUGGACACGCCCCUGCAGGAAGUUUCAGACAGGCUCAACAAGAACCUGGACUGCAACAGUGGAAAACCAGAGAGCAGUAAGAACAUUGCAGCGGUACAAGGAGGACAGCAGGGUCAGCUGGGACAUGAUGGUCAAGUCUCUGCACCCCUCAAAGAUGGAGCAGACGACCUGGAGAAGUCUGAGGUGCAGGCCAUCAUUGAGUCCACUCCUGAGCUGGACAUGGACCUCGAUGGCUGCAAAGGAACGAGCACACCAACUAAAGGUGGCAUCGAGAAUCUAGCGUUCGACCGCAACACUGACUCUUUGUUUGAGGAGCUGUCAUCUGCAGGAAACGACCUGAUAGGAGACAUGGAUGAAGGAGCUGACCUGCUGGGUAUGGGUCGCGAAGUCGAACAUCUUAUCCAUGAGAAUGCCCAGCUGCUGGAGACCAAAAAUGCUUUGAAUGUGGUGAAAAACGACCUGAUAUCACAAAUGGAUGAGCUGUCCUGUGAGCGGGAGGCUCUGCGCGGCGAGCUAAAUGCCGUCACUCAGGCCAAGACCAAACUGGAGGACAAGAACAAAGAAUUAGAGGAAGAAAUCAAGAAGCUUCGAACAGAGCUUGAGGACGCGAAACAGAAGGUCAAGAAUGACAAUGAGGAUGAUCAGAGUGACGUGCCCACAGCACAGAGGAAACGCUUCACCAGGGUGGAGAUGGCCAGAGUCCUGAUGGAGAGGAACCAGUAUAAGGAGAGGCUGAUGGAGCUGCAGGAGGCUGUCAGAUGGACAGAGAUGAUCAGGGCUUCAAAGGAGAACCCGGCUCUUCCAGAGAAGAAGAAAUCCAGCCUCUGGCAGUUUUUCAGCCGUUUGUUCAGCUCGUCGGGCGGGGCGGCCAAGAAGCCGGCAGCGGAGGCUCCAGUGAACGUCAAGUACAAUGCACCCACCUCUCAGAUCCAGCCGUCCGUCAAGAAGAGGAGCAGCGCCCUGCAGCAGCUGCCCAGUGACAAGAGCAAAGCCUUUGAUUUCCUCAAUGAGGAAGUGGCAGCUGAUAAUGUGGUGUCCAGGCGGGAGCAGAAGAGGGCUCAGUACCAGCAGGUCAAAGCCCACGUCCAGAAGGAGGAUGGCAGAGUGCAGGCUUAUGGCUGGAGUCUGCCUAAGAAAUAUAAAGCCAACGGUGGUCAGACAGAGAGUAAGAUGAAGAAUCUACCCGUGCCUGUCUUCCUCAGACCACUGGAUGAGAAAGAUGCUUCUAUGAAGCUGUGGUGUGCUGCUGGUGUGAACCUCUCUGGAGGUAAAACCAGAGACGGAGGCUCCAUUGUAGGAGCCAGUGUGUUUUACAGCGAUGUGCCUGGACCAGAGACCCCUAAAAGGAAAAUCGGAUCUCAGAGCAGCCUGGAGAAACUGGAUCAAGAACUCAAGGAUCAGCAGAAGGAGUUGAAGCAGCACGAUGAGAUGUCGUCGUUGGUUUGGAUCUGUACCAGCACCCAGUCCACCACUAAAGUGGUUGUCAUUGAUGCCAACCAGCCUGGAAACAUCCUGGAGAGCUUCUUCGUGUGUAACUCCCACGUCCUCUGCAUCGCCAGUGUUCCAGGUGCAAGAGAGACAGACUACCCGGCUGGUGAGGAAGUAGCUCCAAACUCCGAGACAGGACCAGCAGGGGAUGGUGGCUCACAAUCGACCAAUAGCAGCUCAGCAGGUGGUGAUGGUGUGCUUGGAGGCAUCACUGUCGUUGGCUGUGAAGCUGAGGGGGCAGCAGCUAUUCCACAGACAGCAGUCAGUUCGGGAGAAGACGGAGAGAGCGAAUCCAGGGCAGCAGAGGAAGCCACCGAGGCGACAGAGGCCAGCGGAGGGCCUGCUGACCAAAGAGAGAGCCUGAGGGGAGUCUACACCGAGCACGUCUUCACCGAUCCACUGGGAGCUCAGCAGACAGCGGAGGCUCCAGCCAACUACUCUCAGAGGGAGAGUGAUCUGUUGAAAGAUGGUGUGAGUUCAAACCCCAAUGCAGAGGAGCAGGACCUGAUGAGAGAGGAGGCUCAGAAAAUGAGCAGCGUUCUGCCCACUAUGUGGCUCGGGGCACAGAAUGGAUGUGUGUACGUGCACUCCUCUGUGGCUCAGUGGAAGAAGUGUCUCCACUCUAUAAAGCUGAAGGACUCUGUGCUCGGCAUAGUGCAUGUGAAAGGGCGUGUCCUGGUGGGUCUUUCUGAUGGCACAUUAGCCAUUUUCCACAGAGGAGUAGACGGACAGUGGGACCUGACCAACUAUCACCUGUUAGACUUGGGGAGACAACACCACUCUAUCCGCUGCAUGACUGUCGUACAUGACAAGGUGUGGUGUGGCUACAGGAACAAGAUCCAUGUGGUGCAGCCCAAAGCCAUGAAGAUAGAGAAGUCAUUUGAUGCCCACCCUCGUAAGGACAGCCAGGUACGUCAGCUGGCCUGGGAUGGUGAUGGCAUCUGGGUGUCCAUCAGACUGGACUCCACUCUCAGGCUGUUCCACGCUCACACCUUCCAGCACCUUCAGGACGUCGACAUCGAGCCCUACGUCAGCAAGAUGCUGGGUACUGGGAAACUGGGAUUCUCAUUUGUAAGGAUCACAGCUCUCAUGGUGUCAUGUAAUCGCCUGUGGAUCGGCACCGGAAAUGGAGUCAUCAUCUCCAUUCCUCUGACAGAUACCAACAAGGUAACCAAGGCAACAAGUAACCAUCCAGGAAGCGUGGUUCGUGUCUAUGGUGAUGACAGCAGUGACAAAGUGACAGCAGGGACAUUUGUUCCAUACUGCUCCAUGGCUCACGCUCAGCUCUGUUUCCAUGGUCACAGAGACGCUGUCAAGUUCUUCACCGCUGUCCCAGGUCAUGCAGUUCCAUCUGCGUCCUGUGGAGUCGAGGCAGCAGGUGACAAGACGACAGAUGCAGCAACUCAGGAAGGAACCAAGUCCAUGCUGGUGAUGAGUGGAGGAGAAGGCUACAUCGACUUUAGGAUGGGUGAUGAGGAUGGCGAGGCAGAGGAGGGCGAGGAGCUUACCAUGAAACUGGAGCCUUCUCUGGCUAAAGCCGAGCGCAGCCACCUCAUCGUCUGGCAGAUCCUCGCCAAUGAGGACUGAACUGUGACCUCGGACCCCUGAGGCCUGUUUGCCUUUUCUCUCAAACCCGCUGCCAGGGAGGAGGAGCUCAGGUGGACGACUCCCCUCUACAGGCACGAGUUUAAUCAGCACUUUUUUCUUCGUCAGACCUGAACAAUAAGAGUGAAACAAGCAGAAACUGCUCUGAGAGUGUCCUCAGUGGUGAACUGAACUGGAGCAGUGCAAACAGAUUCACAUAAACUGCAUGUUUUAUCAUUAGUUGUUUUCUCUUGUUUGUUCCUUUUUUAAAAAAUGUUAUUUUAUGAAUUUCAAUCUGUUAUAAUGCCUCUUUUUCUUCUAAUAUUAUAUGAGGUAAAGCUGUUAUUGGAUACAGAACUUUUGUUACAUUUGCUCAGCAGAUUCAAUGAACUUUCCUCCUGACAUUUCCAGGUUACCUUCACUCAGUUCAGUUGUCAUGUGCUCAUGCUGGACUCGACUAGAUGCUAAAUCAGUUGGUCAAACAGAAAAUAAUCACCUGUGAGCUCCCCUGUUGCCCUCUAAUAAUGUAAGACUUGGGCAAUCAUGUGUCAGAGCAAAUCAUGUGGGAUUGUCGAUGAAUCCCAAAUCCUAUUUCAUGUUGUUUUUGUUUUUCGUCCUUUGAGAACUUGGCUUUUGAUUGUAUGCAAGACAAAUUGAAUUGAUUGCCAGUUGUCUCUAGGUCAGGAUUUGUUUAAGUCAAAUGCAAUACAUCAGCCUCAUGCAGUUAGUACCUGUUUGAGCAGAAAAUAGCCCUGUAUUUAUCUUAAUACUCUUAAUACGUAAUAGUGGUAGCCCCAGUUUAUGCCUCUCAUGUGUGCCUUACCAUUACAUUCCAGUCACACAGCUAAGCAUCCAAUAAUCUGAAAAAUAAAUUCAACCAGCAAUGUUUUGAUAAAACCUAGAGGGCUGUUUAGUUACACUUUAAAGUGUUUUGAAGAUGUUUCCAGAAUCCUCAAAGAGUCCUCUAACCACCUGAAUGAAAAUAAUAUUCCAUCUGCUGCAUGAUAAAAAAGAUUUUUAACCCAUUUCCGAGUCUUGAAAUGCCUUCAGAACAGCGUUAAGUGUUGUCACGCUAGCAGCAUGGCUCUUUGGAUGGCAAUUUGUCUCGCUCAGUCCAGCACUUUGAUCCACACUAAAAUAUCUCAACAGCUAUUGGAUGGAUUGUCAUGGUUUUUGGUGCAGAAUUCAUGUCCCCCUCAGGAUGAAGUGGAUUAACUUUGGUGAUCCUCUGAGUUAUUAUCUAGCCCAGUCAUUGGGUUAGAACCUAUUGUCCAAUACCUUUGUUUUGUGACAAAAUACCUGCAAAGCUAAGGACAUUCCCAUCAACCUCAUCUGUGUUUGGUUCUAUUAAGCAAAUGUUAGCAUGCUGACAUGCUAAAUGAAGAUGGUAAUCAUCAUCAGUGUGAUCAUGUUAGCAUGCUGGCGUCAGCACAAAGCAAGUUCAAUCUCACAGAGCUGCUAGCAUCUCUGUAGACUGCAAGAGCCCUGAUUUAAACAAUCUAUAGCUCAUGGCCUACAGUGCAUGGCACAUGUGCAUUUAAGACAUGUCCAACUACUGCUGCUAGUUAAAAAGAGCAAAGUCUGGGUGCAAAGUAAGGAUCAAGGGUGAAGGAGUUGUACCUUUCAUUCCCUUUAAAAGCCAGGUGCCAUGGCAAAUUCUGCAAAUUGGAGAAGCAGCAGUUUUCUGCUGUCAUAAUAAUGUCACUGCAGCAAAUUUUGACAGAGGAAACAGAGCUAAACUUUUAGCUUCUGAAAUAAUCAGUGAAGUUAUGCUGCUCCUCAUGUGUAAAUGCACACAGCAUCUCCCUUAAUGUGGAGUCGGACAACAGCUCUGCUGUGAUCUCUGCUAUGUUCACAUUUUACAUGCCAUUAAUAUUUUCUUCAUUAAUAAUGAAUUAUUCUACCCACCCACAACCCAUCUAUGCGUACCUGUGUGCAACAAGCAGAGUAUACGCGUGUCGUAAACACCCAUCUUAUUUUCUAAGUAAUGCGCCCUUUAAGUAGCAGUUUUACUGCGCAAACUGCAGCACAAUCACUUUCUGCUUCCCUUAAAAUAGCAAUAUGCCAACAACGCGCCUAACCACACCUCAUUUUACUCCCUACAUCCCUAUGGGCGCACACAUUGGUGCAAGCUACUUACGCAACAUGGGUGCUGGCCGUGAAAAUCAGUUGGAAACUAGCAAUGACAGUUGCGCUGCAUUGUGUGCUGCUUUGCGCUGGGUGUUAGAGAGGGUCCAUAGUCUUGUUCAGAGAUUGUAAUUAGUUUUCAGACAAUCGGAUGCGUAGCUCUGUGACUUGAAUGUAAUGAUAAAACAUUAGACGCACAAACUGGAGCCUGAAUAACCCAGGGACUGACAAAAAUUCCAUUUACAAAACCCUUAAUUAUUAACUGAAAAGCAGCUGCUGCUGUUACAUCUACUACUACAUAUACUGUAAGUCCGCCCGUCCUUUAAGUUAGUUUUGGUUGCAAUGCUGUAGGAUUUGUAGACCAGACUUAUAUUUAAUCCAAUAUAACGUGAGGACGCUGUCAGCCCUCUGCUCUCAGUCUACCUACCAGCUCCAGCUAGUAGACACAUAAAAAUAUGCCUUAGGUAUCAAGGGUUGAAAGGACUAAGCUAUUUGGCUUUUCAAGUGUGACAAAGUAUUUAUUUUUCUCUUGAAAGAAUGUUGCGCUUGCUACCAAAGGAUAAAGAAUUAAACACAGAUAGUUAGCCACCUGCUGAAACAAUAAUAGUGUCUCGUCUAACAGUGAGCAGCACGUUUGAGUCUGCCUCCAUGUAGAUAACACAAAAGAGUUUGUAACAGAUGUCCUGGUGUGUAGAUAAGAUAUAUUUUUAGACUUUCAUAUUUGGAAAUUGACAUAUUUUCAGGGUGUGAGAGAGGAGAAUGUGCCGGAGCUGUUACUAUGAGAGGAUAAAACAAGCAGCCACACUGAGGAUUACAUCACCCCCCCAUCUUAUCCUUAUCUUGACAUUUAGAGGUCAGAAUUCUAACAUUGACAUUUUGGUUUUGUGGCACUGCUCUGUCCCCUUUCUCUUUAUCUGAACUACUCAGUGAUAUCCCCUCCUGAUGGCAACUCCUGUUUUAUGUUUUAUUUUUGAACUUUUUUUUUUUUUUUUUACGUUUGUCUUUUAGGCUGUACUCUCUCUGAGUACAGUGCACAAGAUGUUCGUUUGGGUGUAAUAUAAGACUAUUUCUGGCCUCUGUGUACCAGUACACUGCACUGGUAUGUUCUUUGUUUUGUCCUCUUUGUAUCGAACAGUAUCAGAGUGUGUGAGCUUGUGUGUGAGUGAGUGAGUGUGUGUGUGUGUCUCCUCUCCAGGAGAGGAGUCAAAUAUUAUUGCAGUUUAGCCAUUUCAGUAUUUAUUUACAAUGAUUGAGCCUUUGCAAUUCAGAAUGUAUCUUUGUACAUUGAAUAUGAAUAUAUAUAUAUAUAUAUAUGAUUAUAUAUGUAUGAAACAUGAAAAUGGCUUGGGUUUAUUGUUUUGACAACACUUGUUGCUGUUGAAAUGAUAUGAAUUUGUGUUGUAGGUGGUAACCUUACUCAGCUAUGCACUAUGUCUGUGAGGGGAGAGGUGAGAGGGGGUUUGUUUCAGGCCUGUUUUUAUUUUUAUUUUUGAAAUAGAAACCCUGCAGCCUGUCCACAAUCCCUGACACAAUCAAUUCUCAGCUAAUGCAGGAAAAUAAAAGUCAAACUAAAGUCAGUGAGCGAGCGACUUCAUCCCACCACAGCAUGAUGGAGCGUCUCGCCCUCCUCCACAGGUCUGUCAUCCCUCUCAUCUGCAUACUCGUGUCAUUAACUUGGCAGGGACUUCCUCUCUUCCAAGUUAGCAGUACGCACACCAUCUGUACUUUGACAGCAUCUCUAGCCUUACUUAUUUUUAACAGUCAAUUAAAGCAAUUUUUGUGGGCAAGUUU